AUGAGCCAUCGGUUCCCCAUUCAGUCCCUCCCGCCGCUCCAAGUGAGUGAGCUCGAGCACAAAGCAUGCAAAGAGUUGAUGCAGAAGCUACUGACCCACACGAUCCGGGAGUUCGACUUCCACUCGUACCACAACAGCGGCAUCGUCGAUACGAGGCGGUGGAAACCACAGACGCAUCGAGACGACAUUGAGUUGUACCGAGAGCGAAAAGUUGGGGUUACCGGUGGCAGCGUCUUCAAUGCCGCGCGUCGAUGCCGCCUCGACCUCCCUCUCUUCGCCUCUACAGUCGAGAUCUUAGCGUCCCCAACAAUGCUAUUAACCGGGUUCGACCACGGCCGCGUCGAGGAUGCUAUGAGUGCCGUGGUCACCGAGAGUCAGCACGACUUCGCCCUCGCCGUCAAGUUCAAACACCAGGACGUCGCGGACUGUGCGAUCCUCAAGACGCUUGAACCCCCGAGUCAAGACGAGCCGUACCACUACCUCGGUUUCAAGUUCUUUGUCCGGAAGUCUCCCACCGAAGGCCAUUUGUUGAAACACCGACAUAGCGUCUACCUCGAAUACAGCGGCCUCACGCACUCCAGCAAAGGGGAACAGCUCGGGUUCCACCUCAUGCACUCGGUCGAGCUCGCUCAAUUCACGGACCUGAACGACUACAACUCGAUUCGGGCGUUGCAGUCCACUCGGUACCUGUAUCGUCAAAAAAGUGCCAACCUGGUCGACGUCUUCAUGUUGGGCAAUAUGGACAUCUCGGGUCGGGUCUUGAAGCCCCUCGCGACGAUGUUUACCGUCGACAUCUUCUUUGGGGUCACGCGGUUACUCGAGCUCGCAGAAGUGCGUCGGCUGUCGCAAAUGGCACUGAAACAACGGACAUUUGGAAAGCACCCGGCUUCGCUUGGAGCUUCAGCUGCCUGCCAUGUGUGUGCCCUAAGCGGCUCCAAGCGGAGAUUGAUGCACUGUCAAUUGUGUGCACAAGCCGUGUGCAAGAAAUGCACGAUCCCCAAGCGCGUCUUCCAGAGUGACGCCUUUGGCAUUCUCGGCGACUUUAUCAAGGUCGCUGCCUGUCAAAGGUGCGUGCGGCAGGCCAACACUGGGACGUUCACGUCUCCUCAUGAACGCGUGCUGCAUACGCCGGUUAAGGACUUGAAGUUCACGUUCCACCAGCCGAAACCAAGAGGGAAGGGCAUCUCUUCGGACUCAGCUGAGCUCAAGACGUCUAAACGUGAACCAGGCAAACGUCGUCAGACGUUCCCUUCCGAGUCGUGCCUUAUGCCGGACCCUGCUCGAAAUGGAGGCUCGAGUUUGCCGGUAACCUCUUUACUGAGCCAGCUGGAUGAAGAGGAGCUGGACAUCCCCGACUCAUUUCUGGAGCGUCGACAACGAACGAUGAAGGAGGCACGUUAUAGCGACCAGAGGGAUUACCCUGCAAAUGACCCAGUACGGACGCGGGCAUGGAAUCCGAGCCAGGCGGACGGCCGGUUCAUGUAUAACCUGUUACCGCCAAAGGUGCAGCAGCAGCAACCCAGCGGGAAAACGUUCGAGGUGCCGACGAAUGUAUCAGCAGGUCAGCGGUCAAUGAUGACCCGACUUUUCGAGCUGAGCAAGAUCGCUGAAGAUACGUCUGCAACAGCUCGUCUGAAUGGGAUCUACUGCGAACAGUAUUGGCGAGACGAGCUGGAGCCGGAGGUGGAGACCGGUCGAUCGCAAGCUCGGCGGACGCAAUGCUGA